AUGGGCAUGUACCCCGUCAAUGACUUCGUCGAUCUUAGUAAGGACGAGCAAUACUGGCUCGAGGACAUGAGCCACGAUCCUCUCUACACCGAUACUCUGUUUCACAUUGCCAGAUCCUACCUUGAUACGGUUGGCAAGGGCCACAUGUUAACGGGAGUAACACUCAUUAACAACGCUAUGGCUGAGUUGCGAAAGAAACUUACCGAGCCGAAUUUCAUUAUUACAGACUCUGUUCUUCUCACUGUCUUAUCUCUGGCAUUGAUCUCGGAUACACUUGGAGAUCUAGACGCCACCAGAAAGCACCUCAACGGUCUUUGGCAACUAAUCAAGCUCCGCGGUGGCCUGCUCGGGCUGACGGAAAAGUAUUCCCUCCGGGUCAAAUGCAGCAGACUUGACCUUCGUUUGGCCUUAAAGACUGGGGCGAAGCCAGUCUUUCUUUGUGGGCAGGAUUUCCAAUGGAAUCCGAGCCUGGCGCAGCCCAUGAAGGCCUCUACAGCUACACCAAUCCACGCUGUCUGCAGCACCCCUGACAUUCGACUUGUAAAUGUCUGGCUUGACUUGCAAGAUUUUACAAACAGUAUCAAUAUGGCACAGCAAACUCGCCAGAAGCUGGCAUCAAAACAAUUCCAGGAGAAAUUAAUCUCCUUGCAAUAUCGGCUGCAGUGUUUGGCCUACGAGCGUCAUGACAUUCAAGAAAUCAUUCGUCAUGUCAUGUUAGCGUGCACAACCACCCUCUUUAUGAAGACAACAGACUUGCCAGCUCAGUGUCGACCCCUAGCUAUGCAACUUGGGCAAGAUAUGGGGUACCUGGAAUCACAAGACGAUAAAAAUCUAUUGAAGCUGCAAGUCUGGUCUGUUUGUAUUAGCAGAGCAUCCGUGUUGAGCACUGAGGGGGAACUUCCGUGGCUCGAAAAUUGGCUUCGUAAAGCAUGUCGAAUGUUAGAAAUCUCGACCUGGGAGGAGACCCGCCGGAUCCUCACGAGCUUUGUCUGGGUCGAUUUGAUUCACGACCCCAUUGGUCAGUCAUUCUUUGAAGGGGCAAGCCAAUGUCAGUAUUUCGAACAAGUCCCCGAUGGUAGAUAG